AUGGCCUCCUUUGCCAGGAUAAUUAGUGAGGAGCAUCUUCAAGUCAAAUUCCACCAGGGUGCAUUUGAUGAUGUCAAGACGUGGCCCAAUAGCCCACUGCAGCUUCAGUUGCUCAUGGAAAUCCAGAGGUCUGCUCAGCAUCAGGCACAAACACCUGUGUUCCCCCAGUCCCCCUUGAGUAAUAGUCUCUUUAGAAACAUUCUUUGCGAUUUAAGAAUUCAGUAUUGGAAGUACUUUUUCCCUGAAGAAUUACUGGUUUAUGAUAUUUGCAAGUAUCACUGGUGUGAAAACAUUGGGAGAGCCCACCAGAGUAAUAAUAUCAUGAUUCUAGAUGAUCUGAAAAAUGAAGUUUGGUAUAAAAAAUGUCAUGAUCCUGUAUGUAAAGAAGUAAACUUCAAAUCUGAUUUGUUUCUCUCUGAUUUAUAUUUUUCAUUGCCUGCUGAUGUCAGUCUCCGGUUCCAUCUCAAAGAAGAAGAAGAGGUAAUAGCAGAUGGUGUGAGUCCUCAUGAAGCACCACCCUGCAAGCCAUCACCAGGUGCAUCUUUGAGUGCUGACUGGGGCAGUUGCAGCGACGAUGCUUGCUUGUUACAAGCAGCUGAGGAUGCUGAACUAGCUGACACUGCAGAGAACGGUCUUCUCAGUUACAACGGUACAGGGGACGAAAUUCCUGAUGAACUCAUUGUGGAAGUCUUACAAGAGUAGCAUACUACACAUACUACUUCCAUAAUCAGACUGCCAUUUGCCUGAAUUAUGUGCUUUGUAAU